AAAACAUUGUCAAAAGUUCAAAAGUUCAUCACCACUUGCACUGAUUAAAACUUUUAAUUUCAAUGUGAAUUUUAAGUUCGACAUUUUCUUAGUUUUUACUAUCUCAAUAUUAAUUCAGUGAAUAUUGUUAUGUUUUAAACAGUCCUAACAUACAAAAUAAUUUACUUUGAAAAUACAUACAAAUGGAGCGUAAACAUAUCAUAUUUUACUUCCUGAUAUUAAUGUGUCUUUGCGAUUUUAAACAUGCUGACUGCCUCAAACCUGCGUCUCUUGAAAAAACUUUCCAUGAAGGAGUGAUGGCCUACUCAACGGAGAGAUGGACGUUGUGCAUUGAAAAAUUUGAAGAAGCUUUGCAUCUUUAUAAGCUUUACAAAUCUAUCCUGAUUAACUGUAGAUUAAAGUGUAACACGGAACCUUACGAAUCUCAAAUCAAAGAAAAUAUAGACGAUCUUAAGAUGUAUGAGAAAUAUUUCAAUAAAAGGAAUUGUUUGAAUAUUUGUCAGGUAAAAGAAUUCCACAACAUGAAUUUGAACCAAAGUUUGGAAGACUCUGUGCUCCAUGAUAUGCAGGCCAAGAAACCUUACGAAUAUCUUCAUAUAUGCUAUUUUCAACAAAGGAUGUUCCAGAAAGCUGCUUCAGCUGCCUAUACAUACCUAGUUUCCAACCCUAAUGAUGACACCAUGCAAGAUAAUAUGCACUAUUACAUAGCACAGCCAGAAAUAGACCCGAAGGAGAUAGUUGAUAUGGAAAGUGAGGACUAUGUUGUUAUGUACAAUUUAGGAAAGAAAUCUUACAAACAAAAUAACUGGGAAGAAACAGUAGCUAGCAUGGAAGAAGUCAUAAAAGAUUAUAUUUCUUAUGAAAGCAAUUGUCGUGUUGAAUGUGAGCGGCAACCUGGUCAAGAGUGGUCUUCAGAAUUUGUAAUAACUAUGUCAAACAACAUAGCAUCCCUCUUACAUUGCCAUCAACAAUGCCAAGAUAAACUGAAGUUCCUUAAGUACAACUCUGGAGUAGAGUUCAUUGCAGAUGUGCUUAAUUAUAUACAAGUAGCAUAUUUCCACCUUGAAAAGUACAAUAAAGCUGCAGAGGCUGUUGCAACUUAUUUGGUUUUAAUGCCUGAAGAUGAGGAUAUGUUGGAGAAUGUCAAAUUUUAUAGAAAACAUGUUGACGACAAGGCUUUUGUACCCCGAGCUGAAAUAGUGCACUAUUUAAAACGUGAUACAUAUGAAAAGAACCUUCUCUUAUUUUUUCAUCAAGGGAAGAAGCAAGAUAUUGACUUUGACGCUAUUCUCAAAACUUAUAAUUUUUUAAAAUAGGCCUUUUCUGAUUUGAUUCGAAAACAUUUUAUACUACCUAGAGUUUGUAUGUUCCUAGACUUAAAUUUUAAUUAACUAUAAGUAAUACUACUAAGUUGUAAUUAUUAUGUACUCAAAGAGUACUUAAGUACAAGUAAGUGUACUUAAACAAAAAAAAUCCUAAUAGGACUAACAAGCAGUAAAAAUAACUAUUUACAAGUGCCAUAACAGUUGCUGUUG